UAGAAUUUUCAAACGUUCUUAUCUUAAUUUACGUCGAUACUUAUUUUGUCAACUCGUAAGUUUCCUUUGAUUGUGGAACAUGUGUAUUAUCGAAUAAAUAAAACACAGAUUGAUACGAUGAGAUUAUAUCACACAAUUUUUUAUUCAAGUACUUGGUUCGAGUUUAGUUAUUGUCUCAUGAAGUAUUGAAGCCUUUGAAACGCUAAUGUUAUAAAUUUAUCGGUUGAAUAAAAUUUUACAAAAUGCUGCAAUCCUUUGUCAGAAGGUCUUUUUGGCAAACAAAACGACUAUCGGCCCUAUCUACGGAAUGUAAUUUCUAUUCAACAAAAGAAUCAGAUAAGAAUAACGAUUAUGUAGCAAAAAACAUUGAUCUUGGGAACCCUGAUGCACUUGACCGAAUGAAAAGGUGUUUAGUGAGAGACAUGGCUGAAUUAAAGCGUAAUUUAAUGUUUUGGAAAGAUUUUAAAAAUCCUGCAAUUUGUGAAAAAACUGGAAGAGUUAUUGAUUGGGAUGAUCCUCAUGCACCUAUUUUUCCAAAUCAUUGUGAUAUUGUGAUAAUUGGUGGAGGUGCAAUUGGCAGUUCUGUUGCCUACUUUACCAAACUUUUGGGAAACAAAAGUCUAAGGGUAGUGGUGGUGGAGAAAGAUGAUUCGUACAAGCAAGCAUCUACUGUUUUGUCUGUGGGUGGCUUACGACAGCAAUUUUCUCUUCCAGAAAAUAUAGAAAUGUCAUUGUAUGGAGCGGAAUUCAUUCGUAAUGCAAAUGAAUUUUUAGGAAUUGAAGGAGAAGCUCCUGUGGAUUUACAGUUCCAUCCAUAUGGAUAUUUAUCUUUAGCUACUGAGGAAACAGCAGAAAUAUUACAAAACAAUUCUGCAUUACAAAGAUCAUUGGGAGCCAAAAAUGUAUUGUUAAGUGCCAACCAGUUAAAAUCUAAGUUUCCGUGGUUAAAUGUGGAGAAUAUUGAAUUAGGUUGUCUCGGACUAGAAAAAGAAGGAUGGUUUGAUCCUUGGAUGUUGUUGUGUUCUUUGAAACGAAAAGCUUAUUCUUUGGGAGUUAAUUUUGUUAAAGCAGAAGCUGUAGGAUUUAAUUUUGAAUUUAAAUCAGGUACUGUUGUUACUGGAGAUUAUAGUGAAUUUGAAACGCCAAAUUAUUUAGUUGUUCGAACAGAAGAUGGAAAAUUGAGACCUAUAACUUUUAGCGAAUGUGUGAUAGCUGCUGGUGCUUUCAGUGGUGAUGUUGCUAGAAUGGUACAGAUUGGUACAAAAGCUCAUCAUAAAAUCCUGUCAAUACCUUUGCCAAUAGAGCCGAGAAAAAGAUACGUGUACUGUUUUCAUGCUCCUGAUGGACCAGGAUUAAAUACCCCAAUGACUAUAGACCCAUCAGGUAUGUAUUUCAGACGAGAAGGCUUGAAUAACAAUUAUAUUUGCGGUCUGAGUCCAGAAGAACACGAAGAACCUGCCACAGACAAUUUGGACGUUGAUUACGAAUUUUUUAACAAUAAAAUUUGGCCAAAACUAGCAAAUCGCGUGCCAGCUUUUGAAAAUCUAAAGGUCAAAUCAGCUUGGGCCGGAUUUUACGAGUACAACACUUUUGAUGAGAAUGGUGUUAUUGGCUACCACCCAUAUCACAGCAACAUUUUAUUUGCCACUGGAUUUAGUGGUCAUGGUAUUCAAAAAGCUCCUGCUGUUGGAAGAGCAGUAUCGGAAUUGAUAAAAUAUAGUCAAUACAAAACAAUUGAUUUAUCGAGAUUAGGUUUUGAUCGAUUUAUUACAGAGCAACCUUUACGGGAAGUUAAUAUUUGGUAAUUUUUUGUAAGAUAUUGUGUAAAUAAAUGUACAAAUAUUCUUUA